UGGGGAGAUCAGUAGAAGGCAGCUUCCUAUAUGAAACCGAAGGAAGGAUUGAAGCUCAGUGGGAGAGCGUCUGCUUUGCAGGCAGAAGGUCCCCGGUUCAGUCCCUGGCAGCAUCUCCAGCUCCAUGUCCAGUUUUCCACAGACGCCCGGGUGCAGCAGAUGUUCGAAAUCCUGUUGGAUGAGAAGAGCGAAAAAGAGAAGCAAGAGAAGGUGAGGGCAGCCAACAACCUCAUCGUUCUCGGCCGAGAGGAAGCCGGAGCGGAGAGAAUCUUCCAGAACAAUGGCCUGAACUUGCUUAUGAGGCUGAUAGAGACCAAAAACCCAGAACUGAUCCUCGCGGCUGUAAGGACCCUUUCCGCGAUGUGUACGGGUCACCAGGCCCGGGCCACUGCAGUCCUUCAUGUGCUGGGAAUUGACAACAUUUGCCUGUGGAUGUCCAUCGACCACAAAGAAAUCUCCCUGGUAGUCUGCAAUCUCCUGCAAGCCAUCACAGACUCCUUGUCUGGGGAGAGCAAGAAGGAAGAAUUGGGAAAAGAGGAUGCAGUGGUGCUGGACACCAAGAAGGAUUUGAAGAAGAUCACCGUCUAUCUCCUGGACAUGCUGCCCAGCAAAAAGGUGUCUGGGCAAGGCCGGGACCGGGCUCUCAAUUUGCUCAACAAGAACGUGCCCAGGAAGGACCUGAGAAACCACAACAACAGCCGGAGCCUGUUUGUCAUUGAUAAUGGUCUAAAAAAGAUCCUGAAGGUGGAUGGCCAGAUCCCCGACCUGCCCAACUGCCUGCCCCUGACGGAGAACACCCAGCUGACGACUUCAGUCCUCCUGAACAAACUCUACGACGACCUGCGAUGCGAUCCCGAAAGAGAGAAUUUCAGGCUGAUCUGCGAAGACUACAUCCAGAGCAAGAUUGACCCCCAAGACAUGGACAAGACGCUGCACGCCAUCCAGGUGGUCUCCGGAGUCCUGCAAGGCCCUUUUGACCUGGGGAACCAACUCCUGGGCAUGAAGGGCGUGAUGGAGAUGAUGGUGGCCUUGUGUGGCUCCGAGAGAGAAAUCGACCAGCUGGUGGCUGUGGAGGCCCUGAUCCACGCCUCUACCAAGCUGAGCUGGGCCACCUUUAUCAUCACCAACGGGAUCACUUUGCUGAAGGAAAUCUAUAAGAAGACCAAGAAUGAGAAGAUCAAGAUCAGGGCAUUGGUGGGUCUUUGCAAACUGGGCUUGGCUGGUGGGACCGAUUACGGGCUGCGGCAAUUUGCGGAAGGAUCAACUGAAAAACUGGCAAGGCAGUGCCGGAAGUGGCUGUGCAACCCGGCCAUCGACCCCUGCACGAGGAAGUGGGCCAUCGAAGGGCUGGCUUACCUGACCCUGGAUGCGGACGUGAAGGACGACUUUGUGGAGGAUGAGCCGGCCCUGCAAGCCAUGUUUGAAUUAGCCAAGACCAGCGACAAGACCAUCUUGUACUCGGUGGCCUCCAUCUUGGUGAAUUGCACUAACAGCUACGAUGUCAAGGAACUCGUCCCGGAGCUGGUCCAGCUAGCCAAGUUUUCCAAGCAGCAUGUGCCGGAGGAGCAACCCAAGGACAAGAAGGAUUUCGUCACCAAGCGUCUGAUCGCAGCCAGCGUUACCUCUGCCCUGGUCUGCAUGGUGAAGGCCGACAGCACCAUCUUGACCGACCAGACAAAGGAACUCUUAGCCAGAGUUUUCCUUGCUCUGUGUGACAACUCCCGGGAUCGUGGCACCAUCGUUGCUCAAGGGGGCGGAAAGGCCCUCAUCCCUUUGGCCCUGGAAGGCACGGACGUUGGGAAGAUCAAAGCAUCCCAUGCUCUGGCUAAAAUCGCAGCCGUCUCCAAUCCGGACAUCGCAUUCCCUGGGGAGAGGGUUUACGAGGUCGUGCGGCCGCUGGUCAGCUUGCUGAACACCGACAGAGACGGGCUCCAGAACUAUGAGGCUCUUCUGGGGCUCACGAACUUUUCCGGCAGAAGUGACAAACUCAGGCAAAAGAUCAUCAAAGAGAAAGCCAUGCCAGACAUCGAGAACUACAUGUUUGAAAACCACGAUCAGCUCCGCCAGGCAGCUACGGAGUGCAUGUGCAAUCUCGUGGUCAACAAAGAGGUUCAAGAGCGGUUCCUAGCGGACGGAAACGACUGGCUGAAGCUGGUGGUGUUGCUCUGCGGGGAGGAUGACAAGAAAGUCCAGAACGCGGCUGCAGGAGCCCUGGCCAUGCUGACGGCUGCCCACAAGAAGCUGUGCCACAAAGUCACCCAAGUGACCACACAGUGGCUGGAGAUUCUGCAGCGGCUGUGCAUUCACGACAAGCUGGACGUGCAACACCGCGGGCUCGUGGUCGUUUACAACCUCAUCCACGCCGACCAGGAGCUGGCCAAGAAAUUGGUGGAGAGCGAAAUGCUGGAAAUCCUGACGAUCGUCGGCAAACAGGCCGAUGACCCCAAGAAGCAGCAUGUCCUCAACGUGGCGCGCGAAUGCCUCGUGAAGUGCAUGGACUACGGGUUCAUCAAGCCUUUGUCUCAACGUUAAAGAAAUAAUAGAAGAAACCCAGAACAAUGAGGACUAGGGGAUUGGGGUUGGUUUUGUUUGGCACUUAGAUGAGGAAAGUGAAGUAUAUUUCCAAAGUUUGGGUGACCGUAGCACAGUGGAUGUUCUUUGCCCAAGGAAACAGACAAUCUGCAUAAUUCCUAAGCAGUUUGUUCAGUAGAUACCAGAAUUAGGCCCCUGCUAGUAGGGAUGUGCACAAAUUUCAUUUGAAUCAAUUCAAAUUCAAAUCGAGUUCAAAACCAUCGAAUAGAGUGGCGGUUUGUUCGAAUCGAUUCAAAUUUGCCCAAAGUAGAAUUCGAGUCAAUUCGACUGAAUCUCCAUGCUAGUCAAUGGUUUCAAAUUCAAAUUGGCUGAAAUUCAAUUUGAAUCCAUUCAUGCAAAAUUCGUGAACAUCCCUACCUGCUAGUGACCUUCCUUUGUGAAGUAACCAACCGUUAAGAGCUCUGUGGCUUCAGGAAACAUCAAAUAUUCAAAGUAAUCAAAUAUAUAUAUACACACACACACACAUAUAUAGUGUCUUAUGAGAAAUUCUCAUUGGUCUUAUAAAGAAGCUUUCCACACUCUCUUAAGUCUGCAGCUGGUUGAAAACUCAAUAGACCUUUUUGCACAGAUUCAUGAGUGAAAAUGAGUUCCCUUGAUUAUUCCAGUGGGCUAAGUGUAUAACCAGAAAAGAACACUCAGACUCAAGGAGAGUUGAAUUAGAAGAGGUUUAUUAAAUUACUAAAUACAUGCCAUAGACUACAGAAUGAUAAAACAGGAUGAGAAAUAAAGCAUAUACUGAUUAGCAAAGAUCCGUCCCGACUUAGGUGGAUCCCAAGAGCACGGCUCCUUGGGGCUAUUUAGUUUGGAAAAGAAGCAAUUAUGGGGGAAGAGACAUGAUAGAGGUGUAUAAAAGUCAUGCAUGGAGAAGAGGGAGUGAACUUUCUCCCCCUUUCUCACAACACUAGGACCAGGGGUCACCCCAUGAAACUGAAGGAUGGGACAUUUAGGACUGACAAAAGGAACUCCUUUUUUACACAGCGCAGAAUUAAUCUGUGGAACUCUCUGCCACAGGAUGUGGUGAUGGCCACCAGCUUGGAUGGCUUUAAAAGGGGCUUAGACUAAUUCAUGGAGGACAAGUCUAUCAGUGGCUACUAGUCUGGUAGCUUUAGGCCACCUCCAGCCUCAGAAGCAAGAUGUAUCUCAAUACCAGUUGCAGGGGAGCAACAGCAGGGCAUGCACCUACCUCUUGCCUGUGGGCUUCUUGAAGGCAUCAGGUGGGCCACAAUGUGGAACAGGAUGCUGGACUAGAUGGAGCUUCUUGGGCCUGAUCCAGCAGGGCUCUUCUUAUGUACUCGUGAGUUUCCCCAUUGAAAUUAACGGUUUACUUGUCCCAUUUAACUAAGCACUAAGUUUACUGGUGUGACCACAGGUUAUAACAUAGCAUAACAGAAGAAAAAAAUGCAACAUACUGGAAAGUCACAUCAGUUAGCUUGAACUAAAACCUAUGCUACAUAUACAUUUCUUUCUGAGUUUAAAAGAAAGCAUGGCUAACAUUAGGAACUGCGUCUGCAAAAAGAUAAACUUCUACAUCUGACCCCUUAGGUUCAUCUAUCAACAGUGGUGGUCCCCUGAUCCCCUCGAAAAUAGGGCAACAGAAAAUGUAGUGGAUGAUGUCUUCCAAAUGACCAGCACCACAAAGACAAAAGUGCCGUUCCACUGGGAGUUUGCAAGAUCUCCCUUCGAGAUAUGCUGAGGGCAUAAUCUGGAAAUGGAAAGUUGCAAAAGCCUUUCUCAGUGGAGCACUGCUGGUACAUAGGAAGCUGCCAUAUACUGAGUCAGACCCUCGGUCCAUCUAGCUCAGUAUUGUCUACCCUGACUGGCAGCGGCUUCUCCCAGGCUGCAGGCAGGAAUCUCUCUCAGCCUGAUCUUGGAGAUGCUGCCAGGGAGGGAACUGCGAACCUAGAUGCUCUUCUCAGAGUGGCCCCAUCAUCCCCUGAGGGGAAUAUAAUCUUCCAGUGCUCACACAUCAACUCUCCCAUUCAAAUACAACCAGGGUGGACCCUGCUUAGCUAAGGGGACACAUCAUGCUUGCUGCCACAAGGCCAGCUCUCCUCUGGUAAUAUUAACCAGAUACUGCAAGAGACUUCUAUGUUUCUUAUAAUGGCGGUUUGUCCUAUUAAUUGAGAGGACAAAUGAUAUAACGUUUGUAGGACAAACAAUAAGAGUGCUUCCGAGGAACUUGACUCGGAUGUAAGCCAGCCAGUGACAGGAGAAGCCGUGACACUUCAAACUGGGUAACUACAUUUACAGGAAAUGUAGGACCAGCAAGAGGAAGGACCUUUUCACACAGCACAGAAUUGAUCUGUGGAACUCCCUGCCACAGGAUGAGGUGAUGAUCACUGGCUUGGAUGGCUUCAAGGAAGGCUUAGACAUAUUCACUCAUUAAAUCUUGAGCAACUGCUAACGUUUAAAUGUGUGUGCGUGCAUAUGUAUACAUAUAUGCCGUAUUUUCCAAAUUGAAUUUUCUUAAUCAAAGACUAGGUUUUCUUCCAGGUUAUUGGAUGUUAGAAAUCAGGAGGUUGUUUUAAAUUCAGAGCCUUUUCCCUUUCAAGUAAAUAUAGGUGUAUUAUAGCCCCUGUGAAGAGAGCAAAGAGACACCUUUUUAAAGUGAUUCUCUUAUAUUUAGCAGGGGGAGAGCAACUGGCCCUAUCCAGCCCUAGCACAGCACCCCUCCAGUGGCUGUUGCUGGUGCCUGCCUUAUGUUUCUUUUAGUGUGAGCCCUUUGGGGACAAGAGACCAUCUUAUUUAUGUAUUUCUUUAUUUUUUAUGUAAACCGCUUUGAGAACUUUGGUUGAAGAGCAGUAUAUAAAUAGUUGUAGUAGUUUUUAUUUAUUUAUUUUUUAUUUAUUUUUGCAUUUUUAUACCGCCUUUCGUUAAAAUAUAGCCCCAAGGCGGUUUACAAAAGUUAAAAACAUACAAUAAAAACAACAUGCUAAGAGUAUAAAAACAUAUAAAAACAGGCAUAAAACAAUACAAGAAAUAAAAACACCCAGAAGCAGCAGUAAAAACGAUUAUGUAAAAGCCUGGGUAAAAAGCCAAGUCUUUACAGUCAGGCUGAGGAGAGGAUCCACUGAGGAGAGAUGUGCCCGAACCGUUUCGGCGCCUCAUCAGAGAGGCCUUGAAAUGAUUCAGGCAACCACAGCCAAAGCAUUUCGGUGGGGGAGAAGAGGUAAGACCAGCUUACCUCAUUCUUAAAGCUAUUGCUCUCCACCUCUCUGCAGCUGCCAGAAAUGAUUCGGGCACAUCCCGACCACUGAGCUUCAGCAUGUAGGCAGCCAAUCAGGAGCAGAGAAGGAGGGUCUUCUCCCUCCCCUUCUGCAGUGGACACAUCGGCUUCCAGCUGGUGAUCCUCAGAGAGGGAACAAAUAAUGCAGCCCCUGGAAGCCCUUCAAAUACCCCUCUUGGGAACCCCUGAUACAGUAAAUGAAGACGCUGAUUCGCUCUCGAGGCCACGCAGAGCAGGAGAUUGUGUGAAACUUCCUCGUGGGCAGGGACUGGAUUAAUCCCAAAGACGAUGGGCCGCUCCAGGCCGGAAAAACGGCGAAUGCUGUCGAGGACAAUCUCAUCCAGGAGGAUCUCAUUGGCUUUCACAAACCAGGGAUCCAGACGGAACUUUCUCAUCUCCUGGACUAAGACGCUUCGAAAGGCUGCCGUGGUUUCUUUUGUGCUGCAGAGAAUGGAAAUAUCUUUCUUGGAGUAGCCCCUUCUCAGAUAUUUCCAACAUUGCUCAGCCACAUAAUUUGCCAUUUCUCCUCUCCUCAGACCUUGCUUUGUCUCACAGAAACCUGCCAUGGGGUGGCCACAGCUGGCUUCGCUUAGCAGCCUUCUGAAUUUCUGGUGAGGAAUUUGCAGUUUGGUAUUUUCUACAAUCCUUUUCCUCUCUCCAUCCGUGAUUUUAUAGAUCUCAGCAGCGUUCCGGACUCCAGUGGUGAGGUGGUCCUGAGGAUACUGGGCAUGGAGAGGUGGGAGACCAGUCACAUAACGGUGGCUCAGUUGCCAAUAGUCCAUAAAAAUCCAGAAGAUCCUAGGAGAAGUACCAUCGAGGCUGAACAUCUGGCUAGCUUUCUCGUACCACCCGCCGUCUUCUACACAGAAAUUCUGAGCUUCAUCCACAACUAUGUGCCUGAUGUCUGGGAAUUCUUCCGUCAUGAAAACAGAUCUGGUCACAGCUCUGGACAUUUUCUUCCUAAAAUAAAUAAGUGAAUUCAUUAA